UACAACAUUUCGGUUGUUAUAUUGUAGCAAAGGGCACAACUCUACACACACACGCCGCACAAUCCACAUAUUUAACAUGAAGCAAAAAUCAAAUCUUAUACCAUUCUUGUGUAAGAGAUAUCAAUAGUCUCGCAAUUUUCUUAAUAAUUUUGUAAGUGUUUCAAUUUCUCAACUUUCCUUUACAUCCUUAUAUAUACGUGUAUACAUGUGUGUAUAUGUGUAUACAUUACUAAUAGUUAGAAAAAAAAAAAGAAAAAUUUGGACGUUAUAUCUAAAAUCACGAAAAGUACCAACACCAGACACAGCAAUAAGAAGAAGAGUCAGUCCUGUUGAAUUUGUUCUUUACAUCUCUUCUUCUACCGAGCGCACUGCACCGAUUAAACGAUUUUGAAAAAAAAAAAUGAUUAUCAAACUUUACGUACACUUUUUAAUCAAGUAUAGCAAGAAGCUUUCGUCCACGUCCGUAAGGCAAACUUUUAAAGGGCAAAAGAAAUAGCAAUGAUAUCUGAAUUUUCGAAGAAAAUGCCCUCUUUUAUACCCCUAAACCAGAAGAAGAAAGUUCCCGUUAAUGGCAAGCCUCUAAACAACAAACAUUGCAAUAAGAAAAGCGGUAAAGGAUCAGCUAUUCCUAGUAAUUCGGCAUCACGUCACGAAAAGUGUUUUCAAAAUGCAGGAGCAAAUAAACUCAAUCCAAUCGAAAAUAGUAUUGUAAGGAUACGGAAGCGAAACCAACACGAACAGAUUUUACGACCAAAGUCAACUAAUAUCAUUCUCUCCCCAAAAUCCCAACGUAAUUGUUUUUUAAACCCUACAAAACCUCAACAAGCGUUACAAACAAUCAAAACUACCAAGAAUCAACCGCGAAUAUUUGGAUCACGCCAGAUAAAUCGUAGUCCUGUAGCUUUUGGUCGUAGUAUCUCAAAAGAGCGUACGUUCGCGGAGGAAAAAAAAACGGCUUGAAAAUAUCUUACCAUCGUUGCGUCGCGGAACUUUUGAGGCCAGUACAAAUAUUUUACGGGAUCCAUCGUUAAAGUCUCCGCAAGACGU